CCCACGGCCACAAGUCACUCCAUAGGCUGAUCACAUGACCCGGCGUGGAACGCUUUUCCAUCCGCCGCUUCCAAACAGCUGCCCAGCGCCCCAAGGGCAGAAAAAAAAGUUAGCAGUCCGUCAUCGCGACACCCGCAUCCCUCCCAAACACCCCUUAGAAACCGCUUUAUCGUGGUCGCACAGGCUAUUGACUGCCAAUUCGACAAGAUGGAGGACAUGCUGAAUUUGCCAAACGACGCCAGGUCAAAGGAGACAGUACGGCUGUGGCGCGCCUGGAGAACUGUUCACGAGAUGGUCGCCGACAGAGAAUACGAGCUCGCCGAAGACGAAGUCAACAUCUCCUUGGAUAGAUUCCGCAGCGAAUACUGCAACCCGGACGGUAGCGUCAACCGUGGAAAGCUUCAGUUCUCCGCCCGACCCAGCGAGUCCAUGCUUCGCAAGCACACUCCUCCCGCCACCGAAUCGAACCCCGAUCCCGUCCCUGACUGCGGCCCCAUCUGGGUUGAGUUUCUGGCCGACAAGCAGUUUGGUGUCGCCCAGAUUCGCCAAUUCGCCAAGUACACCAUCACAAACCACUACAAGACCGGUAUUAUGGUCACCCACGUGGCCCUUUCCCCGGCCGCUCGCAAAUCGCUUGCCAGCGUCGAGAACCUCGCCAAGAUCGAAUGCUUCCUCGAGGACGACCUUCUUGUCAACAUUACUCACCACGAGCUUGUGCCCCGUCACAUCCUUCUCUCCCGCGAGGAGAAGAUUGCGCUGCUGAAGCGCUACCGCCUCAAGGAGACCCAACUCCCCCGUAUCCUACAAAAAGAUCCAGUUGCAAGAUAUCUUGGCCUGAAGAGAGGGCAGAUCGUCAAGAUUAUUCGAGUUAGUGAAACGGCUGGUCGUUACGCCAGCUACCGCCUUUGCGUCUAAACGCAAUCCGGUGGCUUGGGAGGAAGCAUGGCUGGAAGGCAAAAGCAUGAUCAGAUCAAGUUUUGCAUUUUAAAGGGUGAACUUGUGUAAAAGGUUGGCGUUAUUUGGAGAAUUCUCUUGAAACUAAAGCGCGAUUUUCAUAACAAAAUCGAUAGUAUAUUGAACAAAUUUGCAUACAAGAACUUAAACUCAUACACCUGGGCCGUCUCAUCGUUUUCUUAUGACCAGAUUUUUGGGUACUCUGACGUGGUACAUGGAAAAUGUGAACAAUUGCAAUUAAGGCAUGUUUCUAGAAAUUUAUUUGCUGGCUAUCAACAAACUUGCUGGUUGGGUAUAUGUAGUCCAAUAGUCCAAAAUGUAAAACAGGGCCAGCCAUGGCUCAUAUGCGUCCAAAGGUAAACUCCACGCCUUGCUAAACAACAAUCCUGUUCCCGUGGUAUCUUAUGCGCCGUGUAAAAAAGGAAAAGAAAAAAGGAAAAGGAAAACUAUGCCGGAAUGUAAGUCCUGUUUAACCUCCCAAUAUAUGGCAUCUCAAUGCUGCACGUGUUUCAUUGCUUCAUGCAGCGUGAAUGUCUAACCGCUCGCAAAAGCGGGCCGGGGUUAUAUCCCCAAGCUGUUUAUAAGUUUUUUUUGGUCUUAUUUGGUUUUCGAGAACUCUUGAAGCUCUGUUUCAGGUUUGGUUUUAGCCCUCGAUGUGCGGGGGCCAAGAAGACCACCAAUAUCUUGUAAAAGGGCUGCGGAACCUCUUCGUAGACCAUUUGAAGCAGCUCUUAUUGCUGCGGGCGGUGAAGAGUUGGUUGAAUUGGGGUCAAGUGUUGAUGAUGUGACACUUCCGCGACGAUAGCUAGCGCUGCUUGUGCCAACUGGAUCGUCCAAAAGGCCACCGACAUCGAAGAAGGAGAGUUUUCUCUGAGCCGAGUUGGAUUCCAUCUUGGACAGCGAAUCAAACGGCCCUAUCGAGUCGUCGUUUGUCUGCGAGCUGCCUGGUGGUUGUUUUGGGGCGUUCCAUACCCCAUCUUCGUCCACUGUCUGUUUGAAAAUGGGUGCUGGAUAAUAGUUUCCUGGAGAAUCAUCUGAGGUCUUUUUGCGAAGCUCUGGUUCGACCAUCAACCCGACAUCGCGAACAAGAUCCUCAUCACUACCCCAGUGCUGGUGCAGCGUUGGUCGACGCGUGUUGCUGGCACCUCUAUCGAACGAGUCCGCGGCGGAGGAACGCUUGAAUUUCUGCUUCUUAACGCCUCUGUCUCUGACAAACGAUCCGAGAACCAGUGCAUUGGCUGCUGCUGUAGCAAAUAGAAGCUCAAUAGAGGCCAAAAGUGAUCGAUAUUGUUGCCUGCCCUGGUUUUCAAUAAUGUGAGGAACACGGUAAAGAGUGACAACGACAACUGCUAAACUCAGUGAAAAGAGCAGAACAAGCUGAACUUUUCUGGUGAGAGUCAUGCGACUUUUUAAAAUAAUAGGAAUCGGAAAGACGACUAGAAGAAUAUCGGUAAAGACAUUGCAGACAGCCAUGGUGAUGAGUUGGGUAUAGCCCUGCCGGCACUGGGGCCCAGGAUCUGGCAAUACCUGCCAAUAAUGAUGGAAUGUAUGACAUUCGACCAGGUCACUUAUAAUAACGGCAAUAAAUGUUGACACAAGGAUCCAUCGGAUGGCAACAAGCGUUGUUUGGUGUGCCUUUUCCCACGUCAGAUCCGUCAGUCUGCGCAGGAAUUCCAGUAUGGCGCCUUUGAGAGUCCAUAAACUAUAGGGUUCAGCUCGGUUAGCAAGACGCUUAUGGGCGCUAAAAGGGAACAUGCUUACGUCGCAGCAUAAAGUAUUCUGCUGACAAGCACCAAGCCACUAGCGACGGAUUUAUAGUGAAUCUCAUCAUCCGUAAGCAUAGUGCCGGUGAAGUCGCUGUUGUUAGUGCCGUUGAGCAGAAUGAAGUGCACACAGGCCAUUCGUAGCAGCAAAGGCACAAGAGCCAGUGCAGCGAUUUUAUCUUCGCGGAAAAGUCGUUCGGUUCGAAUAAAGCGGCCGGCCACGCGCAAAAAGAUCAUGACGGUGCAGAAGGAGGUGGCCCACCAGCAGACAAGCAGCGUUGGCUUGUCGUACUUGAAGGGCCGCAACGACGGGGGAUCUGAAUAAAGAGUCAUUUUGGUCGACCAAGAUGGAUAUACGCCACGCUCGUCGGCCUCUCGAGCGAGUUCGACGAGCGAGGGUAGGUGGCUUGUUGGCUCGCUGGAGUCGAAUCAAGAGACAAGCUGGGACCCAGCCCCAGGCCGUUGUCGGCAGCAAAAGAGUAUAUAGUCGCAGCUACAAUUUGCAGCACCGGUAUGCUGAUCGACUAUCGAAACAUUUCGGAGCUCGACUGGCGUGUUUUACUGUAUUGUUGGAGGACGAGAGCACUGCAAUCGUUAAACAGGCGUCGCAAGGCUGUGGCCGUAGGUAGCAGUAGUGAUGUCGCGGUUGGUCGGCGGCAGCGAGCAGUAUGUGUGUGUAUAUCGGGAAUGUCCGAGACGCGGUCUGCAGCAAAUGUCUGGCGUGUACGCUGUCUUUUAGAGGAUUCGACACCUUCGCAGUCGAGUAACUGAGGUUUCCGGGCAGAAGCAGAGUGAAUGAAGCAGACAAAGAGGCAGCUGGCAGAGGAGACAUGAGAAACGGG